CAUCUUAGUGUCUCUUCUGUGUAUUCCACCAAGCACCGCUUGUGCGGAGUACGUGGUUGUAGUCAUGACGUAGUGCACUCUUCAUUCCUUAAUUCAAUAUAAGAAGAGUCGAGUAUCGACUGAAGCUGAAUCUCUAAAUACUGCACCUUUCUAAUCAACCUGUCCGUGAUUCACGCUGUUUUCACGUUCGACUUAUAGCUUACACUCGUCAAGAAAGCUGUCUUAGCGUAUUUAAAGAGCAAUGUCAUAUUCGAACACCAAUACCGGCAGCCAACAUGCCGAUCCGUACAAGGAGAAGAACCUUGAUACGGAGGCUACCCUAGAAGAGAGGAUUAAUGACCUCGUCAGCUUUGCAGAAAAGCAGAAGUUUUGCAUGAUGACAACUCGGAUUGCUGAUAGCGGAUUGCUGGCCUCACGGUGCAUGGCGCUUGCAGCGAAGGAGGGUAAUGGAGUCGACUUUCUCUUCCACGCAAACUCCGAGUCUGGCAAGACCGAUGACUUGAAGUCAGACUCGGAUGUCAACCUGGCUUUCCUCUCGUCAAGCGGCGAAUGGGCAUCGAUCAGCGGCAAAGCUGAAAUCGUAACGGAUCGUGAGGCUAUUAAAAAGUAUUACUCUCCAACGUUGAAGGCCUGGCUCGGCGACCUGGGUGACGGCAAGCACGAUGGGGGACCUGAAGAUCCUCGAAUUGUGCUUAUCAAGGUGAAGGCUGUGACAGCGCAAUACGCAAUCAGCCGGCGAACAAUAAUUGGCGGCGUGAUUGAGGUUGCCAAGGGAAUCGCAACGGGCGAGGCACCAAGUGUGAAUAAGCUGAGACACAUUAGCGAAGCGGAAAUUCAACAGUGGCGUGCGAAGUAGAUGUGUUGAGAGAAUGACGAGUCUACGAGAAGCACUGGUAGUUGUCAUGAAUCUGAAAUAGCCCAGUGUAUUCUACCAAAAUAACAAAGAUGUUGGCGUCUCAGAGUUUGGCAACCACCUGGUCAAUCUUCGGCUUUCCAGGCCUUGUUGGUCUCCAGCAUUGCACCUCGGCAAUAUCUUCCCAAUC